CACCCAGAAACAGGAAGACAAAACUAUUCAUUUUAUUUCAGCAGUGUGAAAACCACGGUCAAAACGCCUUUACAUCUUGUUCAUUUAUUUGUGCAUUGACACGCAUCACAGCACGAGGUUGCUAUGGCGACGUGUUUCACAUUAUCUCUGAUGUUUCUGCUCAUGACUGCUGAUGUUGAUGGUCAGCGGGUUUGGGGAGUGAAUUACAAUCCUUCAUAUGUUUGUGCAUUAAGAGGCUCAACAGUGAGAAUGUCCUGUAUUUAUCCUCCUGGUCAUCAGGUCACAUCAGUAUACUGGUCCAAAACAACACGUGUACCUGUUUCAGUGCCACCAAACCUGUGUUCUGACACAUAUUACAGAGAAAAGGUUCAGUGUCACACUAACAGCAUCACUUUAACACACGUGACAGAAGCUGAUAAAGGCGUCUACUACUGCACAUUUACAACAAGCCGAUACGAUAGAGAAUUUAGAGGGACUCCUGGAGUUCAGCUUGAUGUCACAGACCUCCAGGUGGAGACACAACAGAGAGUGAAAGAGAGAGAUUCAGUCACUCUUACAUGUAAAACCACCUGCAGACUGACUGAAGAAACAACAUUCAUCUGGUCCAGAAACACACAGAUAUUAACUGAACACACAGUGAAUGAGUUUCAUCUGCAGUCAGUCAGUCGUCAUGAUUCAGGACUCUAUAGAUGUGCUAUAAGAGGACAUGAACAUCUGUCCUCUCCUGGUGUUUAUCUCAGUGUUGAAUAUCCUCCAGAGAAAACCUCAGCGUCCAUCAGUUCUUCUGGUGUAAUAGUGGAGGGUGAUUCAGUGACUCUGACCUGCAGCAGUGAAUCAAAUCCACCUGUUCACAUCUACAGCUGGUUUAAAGAGAAUCAAACAUCAUCUGUUGGAUCUGGACAGACGUUCAGCAUCACUAACAUUAAUUCACGUCUCAGUGGAGGGUUUUACUGUGUGGCUCAGAAUAAACAUGGAUCUCAGAGAUCAGCUGCUGUAUCACUCACCGUUAAAGGAGUUCAGAGUUCUGCUGUAGUUUCUGGGAUUGUGGCAGGAUGUGGAGGAUUGUUCUUCAUCAUCAUCUUCAUCAUCCUGUUUAUUAAGAAGAGGAGGACUGAUAGUAGAGCAGAAUACGUCAAUCAAACACAUGUGACAAACACACAUCUUCAUCUCCACCUGCAGUAGAUUCUUCUUCAUCUCAUGAAUCCUUCAGUGCUGACGUCACAUUGAACUCUAAAUCAAAUAUUGUUUAUGAAUCAUGAUGAAGAUCUUUCUCUAUAGACGGCUGACUCGAGUGAUGAUAGAUACACAGCUCUGAAGCCUGCGUCCAGAACAUCUGCAGACAUUUUCAGCACGAUCAGAGUAAAUCUGUCAAACAGUCAUUCACAAACAUGAUUACACUCAAAUUCACAUGAAAACAAGAUCUAUUCUUCAUGUUUCUUUCACAGUCGGAUCAGUGCAGGGCUGAUGAUGGCGUCUACACGACUCUUGACCUUCAGUCCAGAUCUUCUGAAUAUGACACACUUGCAGUAAACACACAUUAAACUCUCUCUCUCUUACAGAGAGAACUCUGGUCUGACUUGAAUGAUGUUAUGUUUUUAUUCAUUACAAAAAACUUACAAUGAACAAUACUUUUCUAGUUUAAUGGUUAUAUUUAGAUUUUAAUUCAUCUGACUUGUUAACAUUUGAUGUAUAAUUUUAAAGCAGUCCUUUAAUAGACUUUUUUCUUUUGAAGCGUGUGUAGCUUUGAUGGGCCUGUGUAAAGAUGUCAUUCUAGCGAUCAGUAAGUUCAUUAAGUGGACUCAGUAGGUGCUGAUGUGUCGAGUGGAGAAUGGAUGUUGUGAUGUGUUUUAUCCACUAGAGGGCUGAUGAUCGUGUUCCAGAGAUCUAUACAGUAACACACGUCUUAAACUGUCAAACUCAGUUCCUGGAAUAUCCGCAGCUCUGCACAGUUCAGCUCCAACCAGCUCAACACACACACAUGCUUGGAAGUAUCUAGUGAUCCUGAAGAUCUGGAUGAGCUGAAUCAGGUGUUGAUGAGGGCCGGAGCUAAACUGUGCAGAGCUGCCGCCCUCCAGGAACUGAGUUUGACGCCCCUUAGUUCACCUAAAAAUAAAACUAUUGUAUUGUUGUCAUGGCAGCAUCAUUUCUGGUUGAUAACAUGUUCCUGGUGUUAAUUCCAAUGUGGAAAUUCAUCCAGCUGCUGUCUCAGAUUUAUUGUUAUAGACAUGGUCGGCACAGCUCGGAAGGUCCACAAAAACACUUUUUUAAGUCAAACAAGUUUUAUACUCUGUGAGAAAAACAGACGGUGUUGUCCCGUCCCCCUGCACCGCAACCUAGUGGACUUUCUAAAACGUUUAAUGUGAAAAACCCUUUUUCAUUCAAUGCUUUGGUGAUUUAGUAAAUUGUUUGUGAUAGUUUAUGGGACUGAUUAUAAUCUUACACUCUUUCAUAGGGUUAAUUUUGGAAUUAUAUCAUAAUAAUGCUAAAUCAUAAAUGAUUUAAAGUGGCCAAUGUAAAUUAUUAUUGCUUACAUGUCUCGUUAUUGCAAUACUGAAGUGUUAUUGGAUUAAAAUAACCCCUACACAUACUUUUGUCCUCCCCA